AUCUGGGUCCUCGAGGGAUGGAGGGAGAAGGCAGUAACCCGGGCCUAGCCAUGGACUCAGGCAACCCCUUACUGAGAGCGGUAUUCCUCCGGCGCCUGCGACUCACGCGACUGCUCCUGGAAGGAGGAGCGUACAUCAACGAGAGCGACAGCCAAGGCCAGACACCUCUGAUGGUGGCCUGCAAGACCCAGCACACCGACGCCCAGAGCGCCAGCCGGGUCAAGCUGGUACAGUUCCUUCUGGAGAAAGGAGCUGAUCCAAACAUCCAGGACAAGGCGGGUCUCUCUGCUCUGAUGCAUGCCUGCAGAGAGCAAGUCGGCUCUGAGGUCGUGUCUUUGCUUUUAGGUAGUGGAGCCGACAUCGGCCUCGAGGAUCACUCAGGGACGUCUGCGUUGGUUCACGCAGUCAUGACUGGAGACUGGAAGGUGCUGAAGCUGCUGCUGGACACGUGCAAGGCCAAGGGGAAGGAGGUGAUCAUCAUAACGACGGACCAAUUCCCAUGUGGGGAACUUAAAGCCAAGCAGUACCUCAGCAUGCCUUCACUCGAUCCUGAUGAUCACACAGGCAAAGCAACAUCAGCAGCUCCCGCAUCCCCCUCAGACAUCCAGCUCAUCACCUCCCCCAAGUGUUCCUCGACCUCCUUACACCCCCCACAGUCUGUCUUCUCCUUUAAAGAACCCAAGUCCUUUGGGGUUAGCUCCCAUCCUUGUUCCCCUUCACGGUUUCAAAGGGUCGGCCAGGCGGUACCAAAUGGACUGCAGCAGCCUCUUCUACGGUUGAACUCUGAGCCGUGGCUGAAAAUCCCAGCCUCCCUGCUUGCCCAUCAGCAUCAUCAAGACCUCAACCCGAGUGAGGACCUCUCUUUCAGGAUUCCCAAACUGGAUGAGGAAGGCAGCACCAGCUCGCUCAGUCAUAGCUUUAACUGGUACGAAGAACGAUUGGAAAAGGAGAAGGGGGUACAAGGAGACGGGAAGAACGGGUGUGCCAAACAUGUCGGACAGAAGGUGUCUUUGCCAGGUCUCUUAUCAUCCCACUCCGCCUCCCACCCCAACCUCCACUCUGGAAACCUUGGAACAGAACCAAUCAGAUCCUCUUCCUCCUUCUCUGGUGGCAGAAACAUUGGCUCUCAACAACUCCACAACCUGGCCUCGUCUAGUCUUUACAGCAUCAUCCAGAGGCGCAAGCUUGGUGCGGACAUCUACAGCUCCGAUCCUCAGCUAGCAAUAGACAUCCAACGUGUUCCUGAAGAGUCCCAGCAGAGAGCCAAAGACCUUAUAGAUGCCAAGAGGCUGGCCCCCUUACGUUGCUCCAGCACACUCGGGUCCAGAGAGUCAUUGUCGGCCUCAGGAAGGAAGCUGCUGUCGGGGUUUGAGCGCAGAGGGUCCGGAGCGUACCUGUUGGACCAGAACUCCCAAGCCAGGCCGAGAUCUCUACCACCACUGACCCUCAACUCCACCAGCAGCCCCCUCAUUAAUGUGUAUAAUCUAAACUCCGGCGGUGGAGGAGCUUACUGUGAGAAAGAGUCUGCUUUAAAAGGCUUCCUCCCCUCGGCUCCUCCUGGACACCCCAAGGAGCUGACCCGGAGGAUGCUGCUGAGGAGACACUCCAUUCAGACUGAGCAGUUCAAAACCACAGCGUGAAGGACCAGAGGAAUGUCAGCCGUGAGUUUUAACGUGUAACAUGUUUUAUGUCAUGUGUCCGUGCAGAAAAAACCAACGAGGGAAACUAUUUAAGAAAAACAAAAACAGCCUCUAAAUGUACGAACUGCAGGUUCCUUCCUCUUCUUCAGUGUGCUGUGUGAUCACUGUGCUCGUGACUUCUAUGUGCAACACUUUCUUAAAGACACUGUGAGGAGUUGUGUUGAUUCUGGCACCCCCUAUGGACAGAACUGGUGGUGUUUUUCCAAUAUAAGGACUGCAUAUCCCAUGAGCACUAUCAACCGUUGUAGUAAAGAUGUGCCUCUUGCCAAAGCGUGCAAAUGAACCUCUGAUUUAUGAUCAUUCGUUAGCUUACGUACCUGUUUAACGUUAGCCGUCACAGCCUAGGUGUCAUGAUGGGAGCUUCAAUAAAUGUCUGAAUAACGUAAAUAUUAGAUUAGAUUAGAUUAGAUUAGAUAACUUUAUUGAUCUCCUGUGGGGGACAUUCAUAUGCCAUAAGGGUCUGUUCACAGAAUCAACAAACAAUAAGACAGUACAGUCACACCAUUUGAGGCCUAAUUAACAGCUAUGGGUCAGAUCCAUGGCUACAAGUGACUGCUGCAGGAACAAAGGACCUUCUAAGGAGUUCUGUGGAGUACUGAGGCAUCACCAGUCGAUCACUGAAGGAGCUUCUCAGUCCAUUAAAAACACUGUGCAGAGGAUUGCCUUCAAUAUGCACACCGAGUAACUGUUACCAUCCUUACCCCUUACAUUACAAAGCACCAACCCUAUUGUUUGGCAAUCUGUAGCUAGUUAGCCACCAAGCUAAGUAACUAGCUACCAUAACUCAUGAUAAUUUGAGCUUACAAGGCACCUUUCUUAUUUUAAUAUUUGUAUUGCCAGCUGUUUGAUUGAGUUUAAAUGAAUUUCAGGCGCUUGGGAAAAGAUGGACACAUUUGUCAACUGUAUUAUAAGAAUCUUUAAGAUGGGACAGCCCAGUUACACUGCUGUGAUGCACUCGAUCUUGAAAUGCACCGUCUGAAGGUCUAGCUUAGCCUUUUUUUUUCUGGAACACAGGGUUCACGAGAUCAAAGUUUGUGGGUUCAAAUCCAAACUAAUAAACUAAAGGAGGUUAAA